UGCAUAUUAGCGUCAGAUAGAAGGUGGAAAUGGCAGAGGAAGCAUCGUCAGAGCCUCAGUGGCUUACAGAAAAAUGGCUGGAACCGAAGCUGCGUGUUUAUUUCAAAAAUGAGUCCCUAAAACUGGAAAAACUGGAGAUCAGACCAGCAGUGGCCAAGGGUGAGAACUAUGCGAGUGUGAUGAACCGCGUUGAAGUUGAGUUCUCCACCAAGGACUCACUGGAAAAGAGUACUAUCACCUUCCUGGCGAAAUCUACGUUCUCCGACAAAGACCCUGCUUCGGACCUGCUCUCCGACUAUGGGAUCUACACCAGGGAAAUGGAUAUGUACGAGCAGAUCCUGCCCUAUCUGGCGGAUUUGGUGCAUGAGGAACUUGGUGACUCCAGGAAGUUGUUCGCCGGCACCGUCAGUGUGGAUCGGGAAAAGAACUGCAUAAUCUUCGAGGACCUGUCGCUGGAACAUUACAAGGUAGCAUCUAGGCUGGAAAAGUUGGAUCUGGAGCACACUCAUCUUCUCCUGGAGAGGCUGGCCACCUUCCAUGCAGCAGCUGCCGUUUUGGCCGAGCGCAGACCAGGGAUCUUCGAGAGGAACUACGAUCGUGGCUUCUUCAAUAAACACACACGUGGCUAUGAACCCAUCAUGCAAAAUCUCCUUCAGGCUCUGUCUCGCUCCCUGGAGCUUAAUCCGGACCUGAAGCAGCGCUAUCAGGACAAGAUCAAUAGGCUAAUCAAUAAUGUUAUGGAUUACGGGGAGAAGUCUACUUCAGGAGACCCACACGACUUUAUUACUCUGUGUCAUGGUGACCUUUGGACUACGAAUGUGAUGUUCCAGUACGACGAACAAGGGCAUCCCAACAACGUCAUCCUAAUUGAUUUUCAAUUCAGCGUUUGGAAUUCCCCAGCGAUUGAUCUGCACUACUUAUUCUCCACUUCAAUUCAGGAAAAUCUUCGGUGGAAGCGGCAGCCGGAGUUGGUCCAGUUCUAUUACUACAAGCUAAAGGACUCCCUCAAGAAACUCAAUUACACCGGCCAAAUCCCGAGCUUGUUCGACUUCCAACAGCAAUUCCAGAAUAGGGCGUUUUACGCCGUAUUUUCCUCACUGAUUUUUGAGCCUUGCAUGCUUUACACUGGCAAGGAGAAGGCUUCCAUCGAACAGGGCUUAUCCGGCUCCGAAAGUGGUCUACGGUUCCGAAACUCCGUGUACGAAGCUCAGCACAUUCAGGAUAAGUUGCCACUCGUACUGCCGUUUUUGGAUCAAUUGGGAUUGCUGGAUGAAAUGUAAAAUACUCUGGAGUGUCCACAAUCCAUUAAACUACUUUGGAUCCAAA